AUGCCUCUCCUCGCUGUGUUCAACAAAAAGACUCGUGUGCCAUCCAUGGACAUGGACGAACAACACGAACGACAAUUUCAGAAACAACAAGUCCCACAUCACCACCACGACGAAGAUGAAGAACAAGUUUCCAACGACAAGCAGAAAUUCAACAACUCCAAGAAUCACUCCUCACUCUCCGAAGAAGCCUCUUCCUCCUCCUCACGAGGAAGAUCCAAAUCCGAACAUACAAGCAGCAACUCCUCAUCAUCACCAUCAUCAUCGGGAAAUAGCUCAUCAUGGUUCGGACGAGGAAGAUCACAUUCUAACAAACAAUCAACCAUGACUGUUACUUCUCCCUCGAUGGAGGAGACUCAAGAAGGAGUUUCCCAUGAAGAAGUGAGAACGAGAAAAUUGCAACAUCAACACACAAAGAAGAAGGGACAAAUUGGAGAUUACGAAGAAGAUCAGCACGAUGAAGAAACACAACUGCAUGAAAUGAAUAAGGACGAACAAAAGGUGAAGAGGAAGUACAGUUUAAAGAAAAAGAGUGCUGAAUUGUUAGUUUCUGAUGAGUAA